UGCCGCUACAGAAAUCGAGCUCAACCAGUCUGAAUCGAUAAAAGAAGCUCCAUUCUUCUGCUCCUUAUUUUUUUCUUCAUUUUCUCGCAAACGCAAACGACCUUAGUGAAUCUGUUUCUAUCGACUCAUAAUUAUGGAGCACGCUGUCAAGUUCGUUUUAUUGUUCACCACGAUUGUUUUCAUAGCCAUCGCUGAUGAAAGUAAGAAGGAGGAAGAGCGACCCAAAACCUUUCGGAGGCUGAUACCAGCCGAUGUACUUCGUGAUUUUCCUGGCAUGUGCUUUGCAUCAACAAAAUGCGCAACUAUUGAGCCAACGAAGACGUGGGAGCUGUCACCUUUUUGUGGUCGUUCCACCUGUGUGCCCGCCGAUGACAACUCUGGUCGUUUAUUCGAGCUGGUAGAAGACUGCGGUCCACUACCCAAGGCUAAUCCCAAAUGCAAACUAUCUGAUAAAACUAACAAAACUGCAAGCUUCCCCGACUGUUGUCCGAUCUUCGAGUGUGAAGAUGGAGCUAAAUUAGAAUAUCCAGAAAUUCCGACUUUACCACCGCCAACCGAGAUAGAAGCAGGAAAAGCGUCAGAAAUUACUGCAGCACCGAAAGUCUAAAACUAAAAGGCAAAAUCUUCAGGAAGAAAAGUUACGAUGUAUUCACGAUAAGAUUAAUCAUAAUGGAUUUGUUUCAAUUGCGAGAAAAACGGCGAUGUAAAAAACAAUAAUCACAAAAAUCCGUAAAAAAUGCGUAUUCGAGUAUUUAAUUUUUUGAAAUUAACUUUUACAUGAGAGAUAUUUUAUUGAGAACUAUGUAGCAGAUGUCUAGCGUAAUAUAAAAUAUAACUAUAUAGUAGCACAAAUAAAAAAUA